AUGGGGUCUUUUCUGAGGAGUUUCCGAAGAGAUGUGGGAUCUUCCACUCCUUCGGUCGGGGCGACUCCCGCGAAGAAAGAACCCCUGGCGCUUCCGAUUACCCCGCUGGAGAAGAUGCUGCAGGAAAUGGGUUCGGAUUCGGUUCGACAAGACGGUAGUGACAAGUUUUUCGGCAUGGAGAACGUGAGUUGGCCCAUUUUGCAACCCAUACCCCGGUUUAUCGGGAUUGCUAACAGUGGCUUCUCUUAUUCAGUACGGAAAUACUUGUGUCUCUACUAUUCAGUUCCCUUUCGCGAAGCCGUACUCAACUAUCCGACACGAACGCCGAUAGAAAGCCUAGAAGCUGCGUUGGCGAAAAACCUUCGCUACCAGAACUUCGCCGCGAAUCAGGAAGCUGAGGCACAAGCGGAGAAACAGAGACUCGCCAACGCUCAGCGACCCGGCGCACCUCCCGCUCAGCCACCGAAACCCGAAGACAAGGACUCCUCGGAGUACAAAAAGAAAAUCGCUCUGCAGUCGCUGCCGUUGUUAGAAACGAAGAAUAAUGCCGGCAGUUAUGGGAUGUCAGAGUCGCUCUUCACAUCUCUCAAAGAUAUCUUCGAAUCUGUCGUUGCGAGCCAGUCCAGGAUAGGUAUCGUACGACCGCAGCAUUUCCUGGACGUUCUUCGCCGUGAGAAUGAGAUGUUCCGGUCGGCCAUGCAUCAAGAUGCUCACGAAUUUCUGAACCUUGUGCUUAACGAAGUAGUUGCCAAUGUAGAAGCAGAAGCCAUGAAGCAACCUAUACCGAGCUUGCCGCCAGCAGACACCACCGAUUCCUCCAGGCAGUCGAUCAGUUCGGGCUCUAAAACUCCCAACACAACUCGAUGGGUGCACGAGCUGUUCGAGGGAACCUUGACAUCAGAGACACAGUGCUUGACGUGUGAGAAUGUUUCCCAGCGUGACGAGAUUUUUCUGGAUUUGUCGGUAGAUCUGGAGCAGCAUUCAUCAGUCACUUCGUGCCUAAGGAAAUUCUCAGCAGAAGAGAUGCUCUGCGAGCGAAACAAGUUUCACUGCGAUAACUGCGGUGGGCUCCAGGAGGCUGAGAAACGCAUGAAAAUCAAGCGCCUCCCGCGAAUUUUGGCACUGCACCUCAAGCGAUUUAAAUAUACCGAGGAUCUUCAGCGACUGCAAAAGCUCUUUCAUCGGGUUGUGUACCCUUACCAUCUUCGCCUCUUUAAUACAACAGACGAUGCGGAGGAUCCUGAUCGCCUAUACGAGUUAUACGCUGUGGUGGUUCACAUUGGGGGCGGUCCUUACCAUGGGCAUUAUGUGUCUAUUAUCAAGACGCAGGAUCGUGGAUGGCUGCUCUUUGAUGACGAAAUGGUGGAGCCUGUUGACAAGAAUUACGUGCGCAACUUCUUUGGUGAUAAGCCCGGCUUAGCAUGUGCCUACGUCCUAUUCUACCAGGAGACCACGUUAGAGGCUGUCUUGAAGGAGCAAGAAAUGGAGAACAUGAAUGCCAGUGCGGCUGAUGCGAACGAAGCUGCUGUGAAACCGAACGGCUUCCCCCAACCCGCGGGAUUGGCUCAUGUUCAUAGUGCCUCGCAGAUCCCCGUGCAAGACGAGCCUCAACGACACACGGGCCUCCGACGAGCCCCCACCGCACCUCAGCUACCCACACAUACCGAGUAUCCUGGUCCGGACAUUGAGCCGUCAAGUCCCGCGGUAGCAACUCCACCCCCAGUCCCGCCAAUACCUGAAACUGCCAACCGGCCUUUGAGCCCAAAGAAGAGUGACAUCCAAUCCAAGAAGGAGCGGGCCAAAGAAGAAAAAGAGCGCAAAGCGGCUGAAAAGGAGAUGGAGAAGCAGCGUCGGAAAGAACAAGAAGCGAGGGUUAAGGAAAAUCAGCGACGCGAGGAAGCCGAACUAAAGGCUGCCCUGGAGGCCAGCAAAGCGUCGAAAGCAGAUGAGGAUCGACGCAAUCCUACGGAGAACGGAAAGGACGGCGAUCCGAAGAGGUCCAGCAACGGUCUUAGCCGGUUGAAACGAGGCAGCAAGAGCUUCAGUCAGCGCUUAGGCAAAGACAAAGAAAGCCGUGCUUCGUCAUCUGGUCUGCCGUCGGUUCCUAGUGCCGAACCUUUAACGCCGAAUCCAGUGCCAUUGGAGCCCGUCCAGCAGCUCUCACCGCGGAAGGCUUCCCCGCCAAAGGAAUCACACGUCGUUCAUAAGCCCUUAGGUCAAGACGACGAGCCAGACGCUCUUAAGAGUCCCAAGGGCGAUCGGGCAGGGCAUGGGAAAUGGCGCAGUUUCAGCAUCCGGAAGAAAUCGUUCAGCAUCCUUUCUUAA